AAGCGGCGCCGCUCUCAAAGUUCCGCCGUCUCCAACCGCAUUCCGCCAGAAGUGAUCGGAAAAUGGGGGAAGAUUUAUUCAAAUAUCUACCUUCAGAAAUCGUAGUAAAUAUCCUCUCAAGGCUCCCCACUCGAGCCGCUAUGGCUUGCAAGUGUGUUUGUAAGCCAUGGCUCGGUCUUCUCGCUACUCCUGAGUUUGUGAAUUCCCAUAUUUCUAGAUCACUCCCGGGCCUUGCUGUUGAAACACAAUCAAAAUCAUUCGAAGUCAUUGAAUUUGUAGAUGAGCUUGGCUUCGACUUUGAUGAGGAUAAUUAUGGGGGUGUAGACUUCAACUUCAAGUUCGAACUCCCCUUUGAUGAGCCAAUCCAUAGUUCAGCUAAUGGUCUUAUCUUUUUGAGAGACUAUAAUCGUGGUGAUCUUAUCCUGUGCAAUCCAGUCACACGUGACUAUAUCAAGCUCCCUUCUCCUCGACAAACCACCUCAGGAGAUCAGCAUGGAGUUGAGAGUUUUGGAUUUGGAGUGAGCAGAACGUCUGACCAAUAUAAGGUGGUUCGGAUUUUCAUCAAAGCACCAGUACUUCGUGAGGACUACCAAAAAAUUCCACCACCAAUGCCCCAAUAUGAGUGCCAAGUAUACACUGUUGGGACCGGAACGUGGAGAAGAGUUCCCUCGGGUAGCCCACGCAGGUUUUUUAGCGAGUUUGGAGGGUUACUUUUUAAUGGAAAUCUUCAUUGGAUGGUAAUUGAGAUAAUCAGCGACCACUUGGUUCAGUUGGUUGAACAGAUUUGUUGCUUUGAUCUUGAAACGGAACUUUUUAGCUCCUUUACUUUACCUCCUCGUACUCCUUCUCUGCUUCUUGUUAUGGGUUUACACUAUCGUAAGGAACCAUCUGUUUUGAGGGAUUGCCUCUGCGUGAGCCAUUUUGCAGAGGACGGGGGGUUUGUAAUUCGGUCGAUGAAGGAAUAUGGAGAUGAGAAAUCUUGGACAAAGGAGGUCCUCACCAGAGAAGUUUGUGGAGAAUUUUCUCGUUCUUGCCCAAUCAGAAUUUUCGAAAAUGGUGACAUCUUGAUUGAAUGUGAUAGGAAAAGGCUAUUCUACUACUCGAACAAGACUAAAGCUGGCUAUGACCUCUUUUUUCGAGAGGAUCAAGAAGAGCAUAUCUCUACGACCAUGCAUGCCCCAAGCUUUCUCUCGCUCGAGAAUUUUGCCGUGGAGAAUGUAAGCUCAUUUUGAGCUGUGAUUGUUGUUUGAUGUCCGGUGAUGAAAUACAUGAGAUAGAAAUCCCUUCUUGUAUCAUGCAAUGGAAAUGUUGGAGUGCCUCUUUUGCCAAGAUAACAUUAGUAUUUUCUUGGGUUUUAUUUGUGAUCUGUGUAGCUUUCUUGCCUUAUUAGUUCUAUUAUCUAUUGGAGUAGCUUUCUUGUCUUA